GCCAGUCAGCCUUGAAGGAAGGUGGCUGCAAGUGGUGUGCAAGCCGCAGCCGCAGAAACCAGAGCGCACGCUUACAUUAACGACUGAGAGGACUAGGGACAGCGACAGAGAACGGCGGAUAUUAAAGAAAAUAUAUUGAUACAAGGUUCUUGUCUAAGGACAGCCUUUCACCUUGGUCAAAGAUCAGAGCCCUUCUCUGGGUACAGAUCUGGAAAGAAGGCCCUGGAGGACAGAGGUUGGCCAGGUGGGACCUAUUGCCAGGCAGGGUGCACUCAGCUGGGGAAUGGAACCAGCAGGAACCCUCUAUGAGCUCCUCAGAUCUCCAAAGCGUAGUUUUGAAGAGGAAUAGCGCAUUCUUCCUCCCCAUCCAUCAACUGAGAAACAUCCAUUCUAGAAUGAGAGCAAAUGGGAAGCAGCAGCCCUCCUUUCCUGCCAUCAUGGGGGUUUCUGACGGAGGUGUGAAGAUGCGUGGAGCUCUCCACCACCACUACCAGCAGCAGCUCCUGUUCUUCAUCUCCCUGCUUCUCCUCUCCCCCUGCGCGUCCAUCCAUGUGGAGUCUGAGGACAGCCACAGUGCGUUCAGCUGCGAGCCCAUUGGACUGAGGAUGUGCCAGGAGCUUCCAUACAACACCACCUUCAUGCCCAACCUGCUGAACCAUUACGACCAGCAGACUGCUGCCCUCGCCAUGGAGCCGUUCCACCCCAUGGUGAACCUCCGGUGUUCGGAGGACCUGCGUAUGUUCCUGUGUGCCCUCUAUGCCCCUGUGUGUACUGAGUACGGCCGUGUGUCUCUGCCCUGCCGGGCGCUGUGCCAGCGCGCCAAGAGGGACUGCCAUAAGCUCAUGGACAUGUUUGGGGUCAGCUGGCCCGACGAGAUGGACUGCAGCAGGUUCCCAGACUGUGAUGAGCCUUACCCCAGGGAAGUGGACCUCCAGACCCAGCCAGACCCCACAGACCAGUCCUCUCUGGAGGUCCAGCGAGACUAUGGCUUCUGGUGCCCCCGCGAGCUCAAGAUCCAGCCUGACUUGGGCUACUCUUUCCUGGGCACGUCUGACUGCUCGCCCCCCUGCCCCAGCAUGUACUUCCAGCGCCAGGAGCUGGCCUUCGCACGCUACUUCGUAGGCGUGGUCUCCAUCGUGUGUCUCUCGGCAACCCUCUUCACCUUCCUCACCUUCCUCAUCGACGUCACCAGGUUCCGCUACCCGGAGCGGCCAAUCAUCUUCUACGCCGUCUGCUACAUGAUGGUGUCAUUGGCGUUCUUCCUGGGCUUCCUAUUGGAGGACAAGGUGGCGUGCAACGCUGCUAGCCCUGCGGAGUUCCGGGCGGCCACCAUCACCCAGGGGUCUCACAACAAGAUGUGCACCCUGCUCUUCAUGGUGCUCUACUUCUUCACCAUGGCGGGCAGCGUGUGGUGGGUCAUCCUCACCAUCACCUGGUUCCUGGCCGCCGUGCCCAAGUGGGGCAGCGAGGCCAUCGAGAAGAAAGCCCUCCUGUUCCACGCCUGUGCCUGGGGCCUGCCGGGCGCGCUCACCAUCACGCUGCUCGCCAUGAACAAGAUCGAGGGCGACGCCCUCGCCGGCGUGUGCUUCGUGGGCCUCUAUGACAUCACUACGCUGCGAUGGUUCGUGCUGGCGCCGCUCUGCCUGGACGUGGCGGUGGGCGUGUCUCUGCUGCUGGCGGGCAUCGUGGCGCUAAACCGCGUGCGGAUGGAGAUCCCCCUGGAGAAGGAGAACCAGGAGAAGCUGGUCAAGUUCAUGAUCCGCAUCGCCGUGUUCUCCGUCCUCUACCUGGUCCCCCUGCUGACCGUGCUGGCCUGCUACCUGUACGAGCACACCUACCGGCCCGUCUGGGAGACCACCUGGGUCCAGGAGCGUUGCCGGGACUACCACAUCCCCUGCCCGUACCAGGUGGAGCAGACCAGCAGACCAGACCUGGUGUUGUUCAUGAUCAAGUACCUGAUGCUGCUGGUGGUGGGCAUCCCCUCAGUGUUCUGGGUGGGCAGCAAGAAGACCUGCUUCGAGUGGGCCAGCUUCCUCCAAGGACGCAGGCGCAAAGAUAGUGGUGUGAAUGAGAGCAGGCAGGUGCUGCAGGAGCCGGACUUUGCCCAGUCGCUGCUCAGGGACCCCCACACCCCCAUCAUCAGGAAGUCCAGGGGAACCUCCACACAGGGAACCUCCACCCAUGCCUCCUCCACUCACCUGGCCAUCCUUGAUGAGCCUGACGACCCAGGCCCUGCCCCUAGCGACCGUGGGCCUUACCACGCCCCCACCUCCCGCAGUAAGGCGGGCAGCCUGCACAGCAAGAGCAGUUACCAUGGCAGCCUGCAUCGCUCCCGUGACGGACGACACACCUCCUCUGGUUACCGUGGCGCAGAGGAGCGCCCCUCCCUCCAUGGCAGCAUGCCCCACCUUGACCACCCACUGUCCACUCACAGCAGCGUGCACCGCCUUGACAGCCAAUCACGGCACAGCAGCCAGAGAGACCUCUCCCUGGCACCACCCACCCUCAUCAUUCACGGGACGGGCGGCGGUGGCGGUGCUGAUGACGGAGCCAGUGCAUAGGAUCAAAAGCAGGAAGUUGAUGCUCCGUUCGACAGGAAGUUGUCAUGGACAUACAGGCUCUUCUUCCCCAGAAGGGAUGGACGCAACACCUCGUUGUUCGUUUUCUCUCUGACCGCCAGUGACUUCCUCCCUGGACAGGAAGUAUAAGCCCAACCUUUGCCCUGAUGCUAACGGUUGGUGCAGACAGCUCUGGGCUUAGAGCUGGGACCAGACAACUCGCUGUGUCUGUGGUUCUCAUGGAAGUUCAACAGUAUACAUGUUCAUCUCUAUGAAUAUCUUCAUAAAUCUCUGAAUGUUUUGUGAAUAUCUCUAUGAUGCUAGACCUCUGUGAACUGACCAGUCCUAUACUAAAUAUUUCACUUGUUUCAUACUGUGAAGACAUUCUGUGCAAACUACUGGAAGAGCUACUGUACUGUGUGUGAAUACUGGCAUAUGAGUGUCUGUACUUGCAGUGUACUGACGUGCUUGUGAAGCUUAUGAUGCAGCACUCCACUGCCCCCUAGUGGACAAAGACGAGGGAUGUGAGAGAGAAAUUAGUAGAAAGGGAUUAGAGGGAAGAAAAUAGGUUGUUUUAGGGGGUUGAGAUAUUUAAGGAUGGGAUAAAGAGCUUGUGUUUAUGCUACUGAAAGAGUUGUGUAUUUUAAAUAUGAAUCUGAGUGGGGGGGAUCAAGUAAGAUUUACAUUUGUAACGGGAUUCAAAGGGAAAUUAGGAGAUCUUACAUGUUUCUCUUUUGCUUCUCUUGAUUUUCUGUAUCUGGUUCUCCCUCUGUAACACUGGACCUAAGUUGGUGUGGUUUGCCUCCUCUCAGCCUACCUCACCCUGCGCCUUCAGCUUUCAUCCUAGCCUACCGGACCUUUAAGCCCUGCUACUGCCUGUGGAACCCCCUCCCACAUGCACACCACCCCAGCCUUCUGAUCCUAGAAAAUCACACCCACCUCCACCUGCCUAUAAAACCCACACCACCUGUGCCAGCCUGCCUGUCUCUCUACCUGUCUCUCUGUUUCACAAGCUUACAGGUACCUUCUACACCUCAGUCUCACCUGCUGCCUGCCUCUACACACAGCUGCUAAAAGUGUGAGUGAGGGAGUCCCAACACUGUAAAUGUACUACUGAGCACUCCUUUUCUGAAAGGUGCCAAACACUUUACCCAUGGUGCUUUGCUGUAGAGCUCCACUGGAACCAUCCUGGACUGAGUGGAUCCACAGAUGCUGCUGUGUGCUGAGGGUGGAGUCCCCUGCUCCUGCUCUGCUCCUGGGGUGGAGCUCUUCCUCGCCCCCUCUGUCCUCCAGAGUCCUGACAUGAGGAGGAUCAACAUUAUGAUCUUGUCCACUGGAAUGGGAUCAGAUACUAGGCCUGUAGUCACUUCAGAAACAUGUCAUUUGAGUCCGUUCAAGUCAUUUCAAAUGCUUUCGUUUCAACAGGAUACCCUGCUCCCACCUAUCCAGAACACUAACCACAGGCCUCUGUGCCCUGCUCUGGCUAACUGAAGAUACCCACACACACCGGGAAAAACGACUGUAUUACAUCACCUCAUACUCUGUACCUCCUGUGGAUGACUCAGACCAUUAGAACUGACCAACGAAUGACGCAAUGUCAUCGUUAUCAAGUAUCGAUCUUUCAAUGGUCGCCCCUCAUGCAGCCUGCUUGGAUGUCCAUGCACUCUACCCAGGAAGAAGGCUUCAGACAGCACUUUAUAUCCACGGUUACCCAUUUGAAUGUGUACAGAUGUCUUAUUGAAUUGUGGAGUAUGAUGAUAAUGAA